AAGAUAACUAUUAAAGUGAAGAGGGAGUUCAGUAGUCCAUAAGAUUAAGAGAACAUUAUCAAACUAGGACUUAGACUGCAAAAUUCAUACAUACAUAUAUACGCAAGCACCCUGGAUUUUUUCUCACAACUGUUGUGAGUCUUUGACCAUUUGAUCUCCCUUCUUUAAUGGCUUUUGCCAAGAAUGUGGUGGCUUUGCUGUUGUUGACAACCAUUUUUGGAGGUUCACUUGGUGCUGUUUACAAAGUUGGUGAUUCUGCUGGGUGGACUGUUGUGGGCAACGUUGAUUACAAUAAAUGGGCUUCCACCAAGAACUUCCACGUUGGUGAUGUCAUUGUUUUCAGUUACAACAAUCAAUUUCAUAACGUGAAGCAAGUAACCCAUAAAGAUUUUAAGUCAUGCAAUGCAACAUCUGCAAUGGCUGUCUACACUUCCGGCUCUGACUCUAUCACCCUAAAUAACACUGGUCACCACUAUUUCAUGUGCGGCUUUCCUGGCCACUGUGAAGCUGGACAAAAGGUUGAUAUCAUGGUGACUCCAGUUUCUCUAAGCCCAACUACAAGUCCUUUUAAUGCUCUGCCACCGUCAGGCUCACCAUUGCCCGCACCGACUCCCACUGCUACAAUCAACACUGCUUCAUCUCUCCAAUCUUUUAAACUUUUGUGGGCUUUGUUUCCGCUUGCAUUUCUUGUUAUUGGUUUUGGAUACUAGCUAGGCUGGUCUUUUGUGCGGUCAGUUGGCUUUAAUUAUUUUAUAUUCUAGUUUCAUAAUCAUGAUCAUGUGUUGUUUAUAUGGCUUAGUAUUUUACUAAGUACGAAUUAAUUAAUGAAUGUUAAUCUAAUUAUUUCCAUUCUUUUA